AUGGCGGCGGCAGUGCCGGUCUGGUUCAUCUCCCUGGCCGGACUCGGCGCCCUGUACCUGUCCGCUGCCUGCAUCCGUCUCCUCGCCCACCUCGCCCUCUGCCUCCGCCGGCCCAUCGACCUCCGCCGCCACUACGGUUCGUGGGCGGUCGUUACCGGCCCAACCACAGGGCUAGGCCGAUCCAUGGCCAUGGAGCUCGCCCGCCGUGGCAUCAGCCUCGUCCUCCUCGACCUCGACGCGGCCAACCUGCAAUCCGUCUCGGCUGCCCUCCACGAGGCCCACCCCGGAGUGGAGACCAAGACCGUAGUGUUCGACCUCUCUCUCGUCGGAUCCGCCGCCGGCGACGAGGCGAUGCGGCAGCUCAAAGAGGCCACAGUGGGGCUGGACGUGGGGCUACUGGUGAACAACGCCGCCGUGAAUCGGCCCGGCGCGAUGUACGUGCACGAGGCGGACGUGGAGCGGCUGGCAAGGAUGGUGCUGGUGAACUUGAUGGCGCUCACAGAGGUGACGGCGGCGGUUCUGCCGGGGAUGCUGGAGCGGGGAAGGGGCGCCAUUGUCAACGUCGGGUCCGGGUCCACGGUGGCCGUGCCUUCCUUCCCGCUCUACACCGUCUACAGCGCCACAAAACGGUACGUGCAGCACCUGACGCGGUGCCUCAGCGUGGAGUACAAGCACAGGGGCAUCGACGUGCAGUGCCAGGUCCCGUUCUACGUGCACACCGGCAUGCUGUCGCCGGCAAUAGAGGCGACCAUGACAUUCCCGGCGUUCGUGGCGACCGCCGACGCGUACGCCCGGGACGCGGCGCGGUGGAUCGGCCACGGCGUGCUCUGCGUGCCCGACGUGUCCCAGCAGCUGCAGUGGUUCCUCGCCGGUCUUGUCCCCAACGCCGUCCACGACUGGUACCGCCUCCGGCAGCAUCUAAAGCACAGGGCCAUCCUCCGGCCGAAGCUCGCGUGA